CUUUCCCGUUUCUCGUCUCUUUUUCUCCUUCAAUCCUCCCAACCAUCGACAUGGCUCCUCCCAAGGCUGGUGACAUCACCCGUGCGGCCAACGACCUCUUCUCCGAUGACUUUGGUGGCGCCGAGAACAAGCUCACCCUCAAGUCGACUGCCGCCAACGGCGUUGCCCUGAAGGUCGAGGGUGCCCGCUCUAACGCCAGCGGUGCCGUCAACGCUCUCCUCGAGACCAAGUAUACCCACAAGCCCACCGGUGUGAGCAUCAAGGAAAAGUGGACCACCAAGAAUGUUGUGGCCACCGAGAUCGGCGUUGCCAACAAGGUUGUUGCUGGCUCUGAUGCCACCCUGUGCGCCAACUUUGUCCCCAACGCUGGCAUUCAGGACCUCAAGCUCAAGACCGCCUUGAAGAAGGAUGCCUUCACUGCCACCAUGGACGUGACCCAAAAGGCCAUCAACGCCACCACUUGCUUUGGCUACAAGAACUUCCUCUUUGGCGUCAGCAGCAACAUCAGCCUCGGUACCUUUGCCCCCUCGGGCACCAAGUUCACCGUCGGCUACCGUGAGGGCGACCUCAUCGUUGGCACCUCCAUCACCGACGCCGCCAAGGUCGAUGGCAGCAUCUUCCACGCUGUCAACCCCGCCGUCCAGGCCGGUGUCCAGUUUGGCUGGAACCGCACCUCGGGUGCCACCUCCCUCGCCGUUGCCGCCCAAAAGCGUCUCGACGCCACUUCCUUUGCCAAGGUCAAGAUCAACACCGCCAUGGACAUUAACGCCAGCUACGUUGUUGCCGUCCGCCCCGGCGUCCUUCUCCGUCUCUCAGCCGACAUUGCCGGCAACGCCCUCGCCUCGGACAAGCACCAGGUUGGCCUCCACCUCACCCUCAGCCAAUAAAUCUGUUUCCCCCUCCUUUUCUUUCCGGCUCGCUGCUACCGACUCUUUGGCGACGGUGCCAUGCGAUCAGCCUUCCCAACUGUGUUGUUUGACAGUGUUUUAACAAAAUUGAACCAUGCAUCAC